UUGUUAGAGGAAUUCACAGCAAUCCUGUACUUGGCGUAGUUUUUUACACGUAAGUGUUUUUUGGGGGAUUUUACUUAUUUUCUUUAAUUUCAACACAUUUAUGUUCAGUUGUUGAGUAUGUCUCAUCUACAAACGUUUCGUUACCACAUCCAGUUUCUUGAUAAAUAAUCAUCGUAUACACAGAUUUAUAUUCUUUUGCCUGUAUGCCAUAGCCUACCCACUACUUUAAGCUGCACGUGAUUCCUUUAUCACAGUUACAUCCUUCCUCUACUUUGAAGUACUCUCAUCAGUCGGUUUUCGCCUCUAUACAGGACGAAAGAAAUUCGAGAUCUCAAAGUAGAGACAUUCUAGCCUUUUGCCUUUACAUCUUUAACUUCCUGAUAGUUUACUGUGAUCUACAUAUAACGUAGUGCAUAAUUCAGAGUAAGAAUUUCUAUUUGAAUUCAAUUUAUCGAUACAUCGAUGCAACAUUUACAAUGAGUACCGAAAUUCUUCUACUGUUACUCCCUGUAGUAGUUUUUGGAUAUAAUUUAGACACAAGUCGUCCCAUCCUCUACUCGGAUCCAUCAGUAUCAAAUGGAAAAAACUUACAAAAUGAUUCUGGCCGCGAUUACUUCGGCUAUACUGUACUUCUGUACCACUCAGCAGGAAAGAAUUCAUCAUGGUUGAUUGUUGGAGCACCUCGUGGCAAUUAUUCAUUAAAUCAAAGACAAAAAUUGCCAACGGAUCCAGGCGUUGCUUAUCGUUGUGAAUUAUUUGGCAAGAAAUGUACUCAAGUGACGCCAAGUGAUCCUUAUGACAUUCCAAUACAAUUACCAAAUGUGUCUCCUAUCACAAUACAUAAGGCAGGAAGCUGGUUUGGCGCAGCUCUGAGUAUAUAUGAACCAGAUGAUAUAUUAACAAUUUGUGCACCUCGUACGACUAUGACAAUCAGAACUUCACGUAAAAAACUUCUUACUAUACAUGGACUAUGCUAUAAUGGCUUGAUUACAUCAGGAAACAUGAAAGCUGACACAGAGAGAGCAUUUGAUCACGAUUUUUCUAAGGGAGGCUGGAACGAUCCUGUACGUGGAUUUUCUAUAAAGUAUAGCACGAACCAUAGUGAAAAUGCAAUUGGCAUAGAAGGAAUACCAAUUAGUAAAGGACAUGGUGCUGUGCAAUUGAUACGUCUAAAAAAGUCACUGACCAAGAAAACUAAUGUAAUUUAUCCCCCAAAAGGUGUUGGAGACAAAGGAGUACUACCAUAUUUUGGCUAUUGCGUGACGUCUGGUUACUUCUUCAAGAAGAAUGAACUAUUGUUCGCCACUUCAGCACCCGGAUUGCGGUACACAGGAGCAAUAGCGAUAAUCAAUCCAACAAAUCCUGCCCUCGUUCCAAGUAUCAUAGGAAACGUAAUUGGCCAAUAUUUUGGAGCAAGUCUAGCUGCAGGUGACUUGAAUAACGAUGGCCUGGAUGAUCUUAUAGUCGGAGCUCCUCAUUGGGGACAGGAUAAUGGCAAAGUGUACAUUUAUCUUGGUAGUGAAACAGGCGAAUUUGUAGCAGGUGCAACCUUAUCAGGUAACGUAGAAGGGGGUCAAUUCGGUUACGCACUAGUCUCUGGCGAUUUAGACGGUGAUGGAUUCGAUGACCUUAUCGUAGGCGCUCCGUGGGAAGAUUCUGGCGUUGUAUAUGUAUUUAAUGGACGCAUUGCUAUAGAGGAGGGUACUCUUCUCCGAUCAUCACAGAGAAUAUCUGGCAGUGAUAUUUUUUAUGGUCUUCAAGGAUUCGGUUACACCUUUUCGAAGCCAAUCGAUAUUGAUGGCAAUGGAUAUCCGGAAGUUGCAAUUGGCGCAUACAAAUCUGGCCACGUCGUUGUACUAAGAGGCAAACCUGUCGUCAGGACGAUAGUUACAAGUAAAAUAUAUCCAAGUUCGCUGAAUAGAAAUUCUACGAGUUUUCAACUUGAAACCUGUAUUGAUCAGUUGAGCAAGAAGAUUCAUCGCGUACAAAAAUACAAAAUCGAAGCGAGGAUCGACGAAGAUCUUAAAAGGAUCAAAGAGAGUGAACUGAAGAGUUUGCAAUAUCUGGAAUUAUCUAAAGGAUCCUGCACAAAUUAUUCUUUCAGUGUGGCAAACGACAUCAGUAACUUUCUAGAUCCCAUAAAUAUAUUCAUCCGAUAUCAAAUUGCAGAAAAUGUAGAGAAAACUGUUAUUAUCAUAGGCGACAAAGGGGAUCAAGAUGAUACAUUCUGUCAUUCGUGUGCUAUGGAAAGUAGUGAGAGUCUACUCAAAUGGAUUCAGCUGACACUACCGUUUGAUAUUGGCUGCGGAGAUGACAAAGUUUGUCACUCAACCAUAACUGCGAAUGCAAUAUUUCUCGGAGUUCAGGAUAAUGAUACAUGGGUCAUCGGAUCGGACGACAUAAGUUUGGAGAUCAAAUUAAAUAAUCACGGCGAGAUCGCAUAUCUCACAACGGUUGUAUUUUCUUUUCCGGAUGGAGUGACAUUACGUAGUAUAUUGCCAUCAUGCCAAGAAGGUACUAGUAAUAACAGCUUGACAGUAACUUGUGAUGUAGGAAAUCUUGCUGAUGCAAUGAAUAAAAGCGUCCUGCUGGAUUUGGAUAUGAAAGCCCUGCAUGAAAGCUCGUGGCACAAUAAAACCUUAAACUUUACUAUGACCAUUCGAACGCGCAGUAUCAAUAAAGGAAUUAGUCAAAUUACAAUGCCUUUACGUCUAGUAACCAAAGCUGCACUGACAAUAACUGGGAAAGCUAACGAGGAAAGUUAUUACUUUUCUAGAAAAAAUGAGAAUACUCUGAAUAUAACAUUUCAACAUACAUAUCAGAUUAUUAAGUUAGGUGCAACGCCCAUUUCUGAUUCGGAACUUACAGUCGACAUGCCAAUAGCUACAGGGAAUUAUAGUUAUUUUUUAUCUGUAUAUGAACCUCAGUUGUACAUUUCUGGUAGUCGUUACGAAUGUUCUUCUCAGGGCAUCGUGUGGUUUAGACCGGACACAUUAGAUACCACGCUGGAGGAUGAUAACACCGACGUGCUACAAUCAAUUAACGUUUAUCAGAGAGGAAAACGAAAUAGUCAAAACUCAAGUAAUCCGGUACACCUGGAAGUUAAUACAACAUUGAUGAAUCAAACGGAUCUAUCAAAGGAGGAGAAAGGCGAAAUAAUUUAUCUUAAUUGUUCUACCCAUGGCGUCCAAUGCGAAAGGAUAAAGUGUAAUUUAGCUGCGUUAAAAGAAACAAAGGAUAUUGGCAAACUGUAUAUCAAAAUGGUUCUACAUUUUUCAACAUUUAAUGCAACUUCGCCACACGUUGAGAGAAUAAUUCGGCUGAGUUUAAAUGCCAAUGUCACAGUAAUAAGACCAUCGAUAUCAUUACCAAUUGCUGGAACUAUAUCGAUGAUCAAUGUAACAACAGCAUUUUAUGGUACCGCAACAAAAAUCAAAGUUUCCUUUUGGAUUCUAGUUGGAUCCCUAUUUUUAGGACUGUUAUUACUGUGCAUAAUUGUGGGAAUUUUGAGUUGGCUGGGUUUCUUUAAGAGACAGACAAAGGAGGAUCUUCAGGCACUCAAGGCGAAUAUUCUAAAUAUGGAAUCCAUAAGUAGCGAGUGAUGCACAAAAUGCGUUUCAAACAGAAAAGAUAGCGCAAUGUUUUUCUAUGUCAUAUCGCUAAUUCCGUGCAAAUGUAUUAAAUCUUUUCACUCCCAGAAUUAUAUGAGUGACUCACAUAGUGUGUAAAGCACAGUGCAUAAACGUUAAUUGUCCCAGUUUACAUAUGCGAAAGAUGGUGCAGUACUUUAUCUACUCAAAUUUAUUUUGAAAUGUCUUUUGACAAUGUAGACAUGAAAAAUUAAUGGAUGAUGAAUAUCUUGAGACACAGAAUAAAUAAAAAUACAUUAAAGUA